GUCCGGUCUGGUCUUGCGGGGCGGAGGCGGAGGCGGAGCAGGGAAAAGCGCUGGGUUGGGUUGGGGGCUUUGCCUCCCCGGCACGCAAGCGCCCCAUCCGUGUGGUGUGACCCCGCGUUCCCCUCCCCCCAAACCCGGGCUCGCUCGCGCACGCAGCCACCACCCCCACCCCCACCCUGACCGACCGCCUCCUCCCCUUCCUGCGCCUCGCCCUUUUUCUCCCCUACUACUGGCGACUGCACCACUACUGCUGACUGAACCCGCUUCGGCCCUUCCCUUCCCUGCCCCGGCCACCGGCGGCGCCAGGACCGAGGGAGCAAGGGCUAGGGUUCCGGUCUGCUCCUCCGCCGCCGCCCCCGACUCCGUCCUGCUCUGUUCUCCGCCUUGAUCGUGCUGGUGAUUUCUCUCUGGGGUGGAUUGGAUUAGAGGAUGGUUCUCAAGAAGCUGCUUCAACUCUUUGGAGUUGGCAAGAAAAAGAAGAAGAAUUCCAACAAGAAAGGCAAGUCCAUCGACCCUCUUUGGCAAGGUGCUAGUGCUGCUCCACACCCCACUGCAAAUGUCCUUGCAAGUAACAUUCUUUUGGAUCCCUGUUCAAGUGGGGCUGGCAAUGUGCUAUCACUGCAAAAACAUGAGCCUGAAUGUUCAAGUAAUAUCUCAUCAACGAUAAAGGCAGUAGAUGGAUCUGAAGAUGAGGAUCACAAGUUAUUUAACCAAUUUGACGUUGUUCAAGAUUACUCAGACCACCACUAUGCAAAGGCCUCACCAGGGAAGACGAGCAAAGAUUGGACGAAAACAAUCCAAAAUGAAUGGAAGCUUCUACAGAGAGAUCUACCUGGAUCUAUAUAUGUUAGAGUUUAUGAGGACAGGAUUGAUCUGCUAAGGGCUGCUAUUGUCGGGCCUUCUGGAACUCCAUAUCAUGACGGUCUUUUCUUCUUUGAUGUUCGUUUUCCUCCUGAAUACCCACGAUGUCCACCGAAAGUGUACUACCAUUCAGGUGGGCUUCGGCUAAAUCCAAACCUGUAUGAGAGUGGAAAGGUGUGCCUUAGCCUGUUGAACACUUGGUGGGGUUCUGGAUGUGAGAAGUGGAGCAAGUCAAAUUCCACCAUGCUGCAGGUGUUGAUCUCCAUCCAGGGCCUCGUGUUGAAUGAUAAACCAUACUUUAAUGAGCCAGGCUACAAAAACACUGUUAAUACACCUCUUGGUGAAAAGCAUUCCAUGGCAUAUAAUCAGACUGCGUUUGUUCUAUCAUGCAAGACUAUGCUGUAUUCACUUCGUAAGCCUCCUAAGCAUUUUGAGACCCUUGUCGUGCACCAUUUCCACGAGCGGGAGCGAACCAUCCUGGACGCAUGCAGCGCAUACGCGUCGGGCAUUGUCGUCGGAUCAUCGGUCAGGGAUGGCGCCAAGUACGCCUGCGACAAGUGCUUUGCCGGUUUCAAGAAGUCUCUCGAUGCACACACCGAACUUCUCGCAAAGGAGCUGGUUAAGAACAGAGCUCAAGCACUGGAACUGAAGGGAGACACGCCAGCUGCGGAUGAGAUCGCGUCGACCAGCUAGGGAUCUUGGGCCAGUCCUGACCAUUGCCAAAUUCACCUACUUAUGGAGUACUGUAACUCGGAAGAAAAAGGGUGUGUAAAUCACAACCCACACGUUAUGGGGGCACUCUGGGGUGGUGGUAUAACUGUAGAUGAAUUGGUUGUAGUUUAGCACUUGCCGUUUCUGGAAGAUGAAAUUUCGCCACGUUAUAUGUCUACCCCACUUUGUGGUUUUAAAUAUGCUUGGUGCCUGCCAUGUUGGUAGAACCUGCUGCACUAGCUUCAGUA